AUGAACGUCGUCAGAGGACUCGUGGCUGCCGCCGCAGCUGCAGCUCUGGGCACUCGAAGCUCGGGCUCGUCUACCAAAAGCACAGCAAGCAGCGAGACGGUUCACGAGUCUGCUCAGUGUGCUGCCAACAGAUCUGCUGCAUCCUUGCCCAGCUUCACCGAGUCUCAAAGGGACAGCAGAUCAGAGAUCCAGCAGGAGAAGUCUGUCGUCUUGUCGCCACGAGCUUCAGUCGAUGAUGAAGUGCUCAGCAAAAGCGACGUCGACUUGCGUAACAACCUUGUGGAACGAAUGACGAGGCAGGAGCUCUCCGAUUCGUUAGCGCAUGCGACGUUGCUGCCUGCCAACCUGGCUCAACUCAUCUCGUCACUCUCACUCGCGUCGAGGAUCUCGCUCAGAGCUUCAGCGCUUUUGCUCGAAGCCCUGCUUGAAGGCGCAAGAUGCACGACAUCAACAGGGCUGGGCGUCACCCGAAGAGCGCUCAUCGCUGCCGUCAGUAGUGCCCGGGCUCUACACUUCAUGCAAGAGGGCCUAAGCUGGGACGGCGGCGACAACGUUCCUUCGGAGGGAUUCCUCAACGUGCUGGAUAAAUGGACUAACCUUGGCAUCUACUUUGUUCACCAUUCCUUCACGCUCGCGGAGCUUUUCGCUAUGUCGGGCUUCUAUCUUACCGCAACGGGUCUUAAGACGGGCUUCUCGGCCGCCGAAGAGUCAGUACGCAUGAUUGACGGCAUCUUCGGAUCAACAGAGACAUCACGCGCACUGGCAUCUAUCAUUACACUUGUCAGACGCGAGAUGACGCAAGAUCCUCGCUUCUCGCCUGCAAAAGCGGGCGUGCUUGCGUCAGUCGCAGCACUGACAAAGGCAUUGACGGCCUUCGCCUGCUUACAAACCGCUACACGCCAGCGGACAGUCGAAAGCAUGAAGAUGAAGAUGCUGUACGACUGCACCGUCGUGCUCGAAUCUGCCAGCUCGAAUAUCCUGACGGGCAGCGCGACCUCAGUGAAUGGUGCGCAGGCCAGUUCAACACAGGCAGAUACGAUCUCGAAGAGUAUAUCGAGUCAAUGGCCCCCCAUCACGCCGCAUAAACGCAUUCCGUCGGUUCGGGGGACAAGUCCGCGCCUAGAACCCUUGUCCACGUUCAAAAGUCAUCACGGCACAACGAGGAGCCAUCGCGCAAGCACAAUGGCUUCUGCUGAUGACCAGAUUCUACUUACCGACAUUCGGUCGGUCUAUGAGCAAAAUCGGAGAUGGGAAGACGAGUCUGCACCUAGCGAGAUCGUAUCUCCCUCAACGUCAUACAGCUCGCGCAGGAGUCUGGAGCGGUCAUCUACGUUGCGCCGAUUGCCGCAAUUAGGCUCGACACUCUCUAUCGUCGAUAUUGACGCAGAAGAUGACGAGGAGAUCAUGCAUGGCCUCGAAGAGCUCAUCGGAUCCGACGACGAUGGUGAGGGCGAGGUCUUGCUCGAGGUCAAGCGUGCCCUUGCAGAAGUAGCUCGUGGCAAGUCCAUACCUGAUGGUCUAGAGCUCGUCUCACGCCGGCAUGGCGACGAUGGCGAAGAGGUCAAGCUGGUUCGAUCGACGCGUUUUGAUGCUCUCUUUGAGAUUGAGACGACCACCAUGACGCAGACGACUACAACAAUUCGAUCUCAUGUCCCUCUGGGGAGCACAGACGGCGCCCCUUCGUCUCGGUCCAGAUUGCCGCGUACUGGCUGCCUCCCAGACUUGAAUCACCUCAGCAGUCGGAACAUAGAUAUGCGGGGGACUCUGCAAGCUCGUCGCACCAGCGACGACGCAGUACAUACCGAACAAGAUACCGAAGACUAUAUCAGAGAAGAAUGGACGGAGAUGCAGUCGAUCGUAGACAGUCCCAACGUCUCUGUGCUACGUUCCAAAGCCAGUCAUCGUCUCGGCGGUAGCUUGCAGCCCAGUCCGAGCAUCGCCAUGCUGUGUCGCCAAGAAGCAGUCGACGAUCCUGAAGAGAGCGGCAAGAAGCUUCAAAUUGUUCUCAAAAGCAUCACUAACAAAUUGCAUCAACGCAAGCGUACCUUCCGCAAUAGCAAUCUCACUUCUCCAGAGUCCAGUAGGCCCGCUUCGCCUGUCAAGGGUAGCCGUAUCAAAUCAGACAAGAUUCGCGAGCUCACUACUAAUGAGGCCGACGAUAACAGUCCACCUCGUCAAAAGGCGCUAGCAGGUCGCAUCGCAAGCACCAGUCAGAAAGCAUUCAAUGCAGCCAAGACAUCGCUCAAUGUCUCGCCGACUCGCAAGCGUUCUUCGAGUCGACGAAGGCAGAAGCCUGACACAGCGCCACGUACGGAAGGGACCGCACCGGCUGUCGCUACUAUACAUUCAUCAGCACUCGAAGUUCCUGCUUUCGGCAAGAAGCCAUUUCCUAGCGAGAAGGCUAGGGGUGACGGUGGCCUCGCGGCGGGCCUGCGCUUACCCGCAUCGCGCAAAGCAGAUACUCGACAAGCCUUGUCGGAACCAUCAACGCCAAGAUUGACCGCACGAAGCACGGGCUCAUCCCAGUCCAUUCACACCACGCAUUCUCAUGUUGAGACUCGCACAUCGCACGCUACAGAUCAACAACCCAAGCCGACCAACUUCCCACAUGCGCAUCUGGUGGCAAACCUGCGACGGUUCGGACGAUAUUCCUCAGCUGCGUACGGGCAACACUUUAUGCGCAUCUUUGGCAUUGGCUCGACCAGUUUCAACUUUCCAUCAACAGCAUCCCAUCACGCGAAUCACUACGCUUUUUCUAAUCAUGUCGAAGUGGCGCUCGAUGACAUUUUACUCUCUUCAUUCACCACUGGAACAUCAUUCGACACAUCAGAGAACGCCCCCCUGGUGCACUAUGUGACCGUCGAUCAUCAAGCCAAGGCAAUCGUGCUCACUUGUCGGGGCACACUUGGACUCAGUGACAUCUUGACUGAUCUGACGGCUGACUAUAUCGAUGUCACGAUGCCCGAGGGCGAGGAAGGCGCCCACUACUUUGCACACAAGGGCAUGUACCAAUCAGCCUCACGGCUUGCGAAUCAGGGGAGCAUCAUUCAUGAAGUCCUGCGCAAGGGACUUGCGGAACAUCCCACGUACGGUUUGGUACUGUGUGGCCACAGCUUGGGCGGAGGCGUGGCCGCAUUGCUUUCGCUGCUGUGGGGCACACCUACCAGUCGCUUCACAGCGCAGGCAGCCGAGUCGCACCUGAAGACUGGCAAGAAGAUUAUUCAUCCAACUCUAGGGACGCCAUUCGUCACUGCAAUUACGUCUGGACUGCCAGCAGGACGGCCAAUGCACUGCUAUACGUAUGGCUGUCCUUGCGUCGCCUCGCCCGAUCUUGCGGCAUAUGCCAAAGGCUUGAUCUCAUCGGUCGUGCACAAUCUCGAUAUCGUCCCAACUCUAUCGCUUGGUCUACUCAGAGAUCUCAAGAACGUUGCUGCUUCGCUGUAUGAGGAAGGCAAAGUGGCAGAGGAAGUGGUCGGGCGGGUCGUUGGACUAUAUCAACGUCGAUACAAAGCUAAGCGAGAGGCGCGCAAGAACGGCCAAACAUAUCCUACCGCAGACGAGUUUGCAGGAUCUGGCUCUGGGUUUUCGCCUCACGAACUCGAUGACGAAGCUCGCCAAGUGGAUAUGACGCCUCGCGAGCUGCAACUCGGUCGCGGAUCCAACAAAGCUCUCGAGGCGGGAUACAGAGAUCCUGCGCUGGUCGGAAGAGAUCUGAGCGACGAUGCCGAGCUCAAUGACUGGCUCUGGAGUCUGAUGAAGACGAUGCGGGCGGGCAACGACAGCGACAAGCUCCUGCCGCCAGGUGACGUGUUCUGUAUCGAAUGUCACACCGUCUUUGUAUCGAACAGCAUGGAGGGUAGCGACGGACGGUCUGCCCAGAAGAGCUUUCAAGAGGGUACACGCGUGCUUUUGCGCGAAUGCCUCGAUCCCGUUCAACGCUUCUCAGAACCAGUCUUUGGUAGGAGCAUGUUCCUGGAUCAUUCGCCGCACAACUACGAGCACGCGCUCAACGCGCUAGCAGCCGCUAGUCCACUCGUUUCAGACUACCUGCCUACGCUGCGGCUGAUUGUAGCACGCCAUCCAGAUUCCGCUGAAAGUGUCGCGAAGGACUUACGAUGCAAUGACAAAAUGACAUCCACUCUGCCAAUACGGGAGCAGCUUCUGUCGAGCCUGCAGGAAGCUCACAGUCUCAGUCAACUUCUCUUUGCAGCGCCAGCCGCCAAACAGAAGCCUGCACGCUCCACCGACGAUAUCCUCACGCGGCUCGCCAUACUCGACCAGGAGCUCGCCGAGCAGGUCUGGCUGGCUCAGGAGCACGCAGAUCUGUCCAAUCAGCUCGAGGAAGCAGUUCGCAGACGUGAUGCCAUAGACGAGCAAGCGCGUGCAGAUCUCAGGUCGGCUCGCACGACACUCUCAAGCUUACGGCGGUCUAUCCGCUCAGCUCAAGCGAGUCGGACGACAGUGUCUCAGGCAAAGACAUCAGAGCAUCUGACAACAGAGGAGAUCCUCACUCUGGCGCGUCGCCUGGCACCGUAUACCUCAUCUGCGCCCCGUUCGUCAACGACUGACCAGUCCGCACAAGCUGUCCUGUCCGCUCGCGAAGCACCGCGAGGAUCUAUACUUCCAUGGCCGACCGAGCAAAUGCUCAGGCAAUCCCAAUUGGCAGCUGCACAGACUCAGGCAAGUGCAGAAGCGCCCGAUCAGGCGGAUAUGCAACAGGGACAGAUGAUCGAUCUGAAGAUUGAGAGGGAAGCUCUACCACCGCGCACGGCUCUGCCGGCAAGACAGGAACCCACCCAAGCGGACGAAGACUUUACGUUCGACUUGGAUCUCAACCCUGAUAUGGACGACUAG